GAAACUCCAUCAGUCAACUGACGCUCUCAGAAAUUUAAACCGGCGGUUACUUGGAGACGGAGAUAGGGCGAAAACGAGGCGAGCACGGUAACCUUAUACACUGGACAUCUAAUACAACGCACAUAUCGAGGGGUUGCUUACCUUUUGAUUAUGCAAUUUCGCAAAUCUUUAACUGAUACACAAAUGGAAAUUACAGGGCUUCGCUUUUAGGUAAAACCAAAUGAGAGCAUCUGCGCGUGAGAAUGCGUUGUGAUCACCUGGGUCUCACCUGAACUUUUACCGGGCUUGGAGUGCGCAAUGGCUAAUCGUCAAAAGAAAAUAAUAUUUUCAGUAAGUGGUUUUCUAUGUUUCGCCUGCGUUCUGAUAGUCGUCGCAGCGAUGGGUACACACUUUUGGAUCAAGGGAACCGUUCUUUGUAAAACAGGCGCGCAGUUGGUGAACGCUUCCGGCCCAGAGCUGGAUAAAUUUAUUGGGAAGGUGAGCUACGGACUUUUUCACGGGCAACGUGUGAAGCAGUGUGGCCUGGGUGGAAGACCUUUCCGAUUUUCAUUCUUUCCUGACCUGUUGGAUGCCAUCCCAGCCAAUCUCCACAUCAGUGUGAUCUUCUUCUGUGGUGUGCUCAUACUCUUCUCCUGCAUUUCCACGGCCUUCUUUGUGUACAAUGCCUUUGGCAGCCCCUAUGAGACGCUACAAGGCCCACUUGGACUGUACCUGUGGAACUUCAUCAGCUGUUUCUGCAGCUGUCUGGUCAUGAUCCUAUUUGCUGCUGAGGUGAAGCUCCAUCGCCUCUCUGAACGCAUCGCUAACUUCAACGAGGGCAACUUUCUUUACAAGACCUACACGGAGCAGUAUGACCGCUCUUUCUGGCUUAUCUUCCUCUCCUUCCUCAUACACGGCCUCAACAUCCUACUGAUACGCCUCGCUGGAUUUCAGUUUCCUUUCCAGGAGGCCAAAGAGCCUGACCUAAGCACUGGGGCAUCAGAUCUCAUGUACUAAUUGGCCUACUUUUUUAUUAAUGGCUCCUAGGAUGGCAUCGGAGCAACCGGGCCAUACAUUUUCUUCAGUGGGAGCCCUGGUGGUAUUAAAUGUUCCACGCACAAGAAGAAAUAUCUGACCUCCCUCUAAGCUGUAUCAUUUGAAUGGCAGAGCAAAAACUGGAGCCGUAUUAUCUUUUGAAAUGUGACAUUUUCAGAUGGAGGGGGCCCAUAUUGGGAAAGGAGAUGAGUUGGUGUUAUUAGUACUAUGUUGUCAUGACAACACAUUGCGGGGAAGGUGAAAAUUAGUCUCUAGAUUCUCUUUCUGUUCAUAAACUGCUAACAUAGCUGAAGGUAUCAAACUGAUUUCACUGUGGCCUCAAGUGUUCAAAUGGAGAACAGGAAGUAGAGAAAAGCACAUCUUAUUUCAUUCUUUGUUUCUGUUAGGGUUGUGUGUGAUUGUCAGUCUCAUUCUUAGUUUGCCCUUAAAAUAGCCUACAUCAUGUUGUGCCAAUGACUAAUUGUUAAAAUUGUGUUAAAAUUGUAGUCAUUUUUUUUAUAGUAGGCCUAGGACUAUUUUUAGUUUUUAGCUUUUUUUUAGAAAGCAUAUCGAAUUAACAUGCUAAUGGAGUUUGUAUAAUUCUAUCUGUGCAGCAUGUAGGGAGUAUUUUGGACAAAAAAUAAAUAAAU